UUAUGGUGGUACAAUAUUUGAUGGUGGUUGGGACUGCUAAAUUGCAUUUACAUGCUAACUAAUUUUUUACAGAAAUCCCAAGGGGGAAAGAUUGGAAUUACAUUGAGUAUUAAGUGGAUGGUUCCUUUAUCCAAUGAACAUACCGAUGUUGAAGCUGCUGCAAGAGCUAAUGAUUUCCAAUUUGGAUGGUUUAUGGAUCCUGUAACCUUUGGAGACUAUCCGAGCAGUAUGCAACAUCUUGUCAGGGACCGGCUGCCAAAGUUUUCUCCAAAGGAAUCUCUCAUAUUGAAAGGGUCAUACGACUUCCUUGGAGUGAACUAUUAUACUGCAAAAUAUGUUACUCAUGCCCCUUACUCUCCUUUGGGUAAUUAUUCCACCGAUGGUUGCUACAAAAUCUUGAGUAAGUUCAAAUAAAAACCUUAAUUUAAUUAUGU